GCGGGAUAAUUUCAGCCGAUAAUUUCAGCCGUUUACUUUGCAAUAUUGCUCAAGGCAGAAAGGGCGCGCUAUGGUUAAAAUUUUCGCAUGUAACACUAAUUAUAGUUGAUUAAUUCUGUUAAGAAAAUCAAAAUGUCACCAAUUCUUUUACUUACCCAUCCUAGUCAUGUUAUCCUUCCAUCAGAUGAAGCAGCAACUCGAUCAGUUAUUUGUUAUCUAGCCAGAAGUGGAUUAUCCUAUCGUGUUGAUCAUAUAAUGAAUGCAGAUUCCUGUUCACCUGAUCAUCUCCUACCUGUUACAAUAGUCAAUGGUUUUAUUGAAACUGGUUAUACCUCAUUAUGUUUACGAUUGAAUACUUUAAAAGCUAAUAAAAGUAUGGAUUUUGAUAUGAUUAAAUUAUCAUCAAGAAAUUUAAAACAUACUUAUAUAUUUUGGAUAUCUGAUUUACUACGUAAUAUUAUGCUUUAUUUCACAUGGUUGCAUGAAACAACCUAUAACAAUUUCACUUAUAAACGUUUAGAAGCAAGUACACGGUGUAUCAUUAUUACUCGAUUUAUUGCUAGACGUAAACGAAAACAGCACACGGACUUUCUGAAAUCUAUCAAUUGGGAUAAACGAAGUAUAAGCGAUAUUCUAAAAGAUAUGGAAGCACUUUGUGUCGGUGUAGUGGAACUACUCGGUAACGGUCCAUUCUUGUUUGAAAAGAAUUCACCUGGAAAAGUUGAUGCUCUCCUCUAUGGCUACUGGACUGUUUUCUAUGAAUUUUCAGAAUACUUCAGUGCUUUAAAACCUAUUCUGGAGAAAUAUUCUGCUAUUAGUGAUCUUGUUCAACGGAUUGCUGAACAGUGUAAUCAACCUGUAAUUGUAUUUAAAUAGUGGCAUUUUUAAAUUUAGACGUGUGUUAGAUUUAUGGAACUUUUUUAGUUAGAUAUCAUAUCAAUUCAUUCAACGAAUAUGCAUUCAUAUAUACAAAUAUGUACACAGAA